AUUGUUUGAAUGUGAUAAUGAUACACAAUUGGUGUGUCUUACAGGCUCGCCAGCUUUGCUAGCUAGCUUUAUACAGAUGAUCAGCUGCAGCUGCGCCUAUAUGAAGCUUCACUUGGUAGCUUCCAUACAUACCUUGCAAACAGCAAUCAACCACUAGAACACAACAAACACACCAACUGCCGAAAGAGAUCAUCCAUUAGCAAUGGCGGAGUUCGCGCUUGGUUUAACCAAGACGGCGGUGGAGGGGACGGUGAGCAGGGUGAAGUCGGCGAUCGAUGAGGAGGCGAACCUCAAGGUCAGGGUGCAGAAUGAUCUGGUAUUCAUCACCGGGGAAUUCCAGAUGAUGCAAUCAUUCCUUAACAUCACCAACAAGGAGCGCACCAACAAUGAAGUGGUGAGGACAUGGGUGAGGCAGAUCCGUGACCUUGCCUUCGAUGUGGAGGACUGCGUCGAGCUUGUCGUCAGCCUCGACAUCAAGUCAGGCUGGUCCUGGUUCUGGCGCUUGCUGCCGGGCUGCAUGGCACCGCCCCGACUCCUCGAUGACGCAGUCGCCAACUUACAGCAGCUCAAGGCGAGGGUCGAGGAUGUCAGCAACAGGAACACCCGCUACAGCCUCAUUGGCGACUCUAGCACUGACUCCCAGAGUACUGCACGAGUAACUACCGUCUCAACAUCGCCGGCACCAGACCUUAUGCACAACACCGACCCAUCGUCCUCCGCAUUCCACAUCUUACGCGAGGUGUGGGAGGCCACGGGGAAGAUGCAACGAAACAUGAGCGAUCUCAAAGAGUUGAUCUCCAACGAAGGCAACGACCUUCAGGUGAUCUCGCUAUGGGGUAGCCCAGGAUCAGCUUCUGAUCUUGGGACAACGUCCAUUGUCAGGAAGGCGAACAACGAUCCAGAAAUCCGCCAACAAUUCAAAUGCCGUGCCUGGGUAAAGCUUAUGUGGCCUUUUAACCUUGACGAUUUCCUCAAGAGCUUGCUCACUCAGUUGUACGCCACCUCGUCUCACCGCCAAGCAAACUUGGAAACCUGCUUUCGGACAACAGAAGAGUACCAUCGCAUCAAGGCCGAGCUUAUGCAGCAGAUGAGCCAGGAGAGGUAUCUCAUCAUUGUGGAACAACUAUCCACCGUUAUAGAGUGGGAUGUCAUCAAACUGUAUCUGCCACACAGUAAAAAUGCCAGUCGGAUUGUCGUUACGACACAACAGUUGGAGCUUGCACUUUCCUGCACAGGGGAACCUUACCAAGUAUCGGAGCUCAGACAGUUCUCCAAUCGUCAAUGUCUCUGUGCCUUCUCUAACAAGGUUAGUGUUGUAGCAGAUGAGGCCGUUGACAGUAUUGACAAAGAGGCGAAAGAGCGACUGGCAAAGUUUUUGUCUUCAAACCUCAUUGAUUGGGGCGGACAGAAAACAUUAGAGGUUAGUGUUGUAGCAGAUGAGGCCGUUGACAGUAUUGACAAAGAGGCGAAAGAGCGACUGGCAAAGUUUUUGUCUUCAAACCUCAUUGAUUGGGGCGGACAGAAAACAUUAGAGGUUAGUGUUGUAGCAGAUGAGGCCGUUGACAGUAUUGACAAAGAGGCGAAAGAGCGACUGGCAAAGUUUUUGUCUUCAAACCUCAUUGAUUGGGACGGACAGAAAACAUUAGAGACUAAAUGGUACAAGCACGUGCACGAGAGGAGUCGCGUUUUAUCCAGUAGAAUGGUACAGGCACAUGACUGGAUCACCAAAUUUAAACUUACUGGGCGUUUGACUGAGAAGAGGAGCCUUGUCAGUGUUUUAUUGAAGCCAAGUCCUAGUGUGAUCGCUGUGUGGGGGGUGGCAGGGGUCGGAAAAUCAGCUCUAGUCAGACUCUUUUACUACAUGAAUAUCAUCGGUUUAAGGGAAAUGAAUCCAGUACAUUCGUUUGUUUCUAUGUUUGGUGACAGCUUCCUAGACCAAGUCACAAAGUACAGCUGGGUGGAUGUGCCCCAUCCGUUCAAUAUGACAGACUUGUCUAGACGUUUACUUUUGGAUUUUCAUUCAGAUGAUGCUGAGGCCAAAGAAACUGAAGCACGUGGUAUCAUGGAAGGUCAGGACCCAAUUCAAAGGUGUCGCAAACUUAUGCAUCAAGAUAGAUGCUUCGUUGUUAUUGAUGGCCUUCGAGCCAUGGAUGAUUGGGACUUCAUUAAAACAACCUUCUUAUCUGAGCCUAUUAAAGGUUGUGUAGUUGUCAUUACAAAUGACGAAACUAUUGCAACACAAUGUGUAGACAAAGAAGAUCAUGUGAUCAACGUUAAAGGCCUAGAAGCUUACACAUCGUUUCAGCUCUUCAGAGAGAUAGCUUGGGGCCAGAAUGAGCCGACUUCCAAUGAGGAGGAGCUUUCAAAGCUUAUCAUGGCCAAGUGUGGCGGGCUACCCAAAGUAAUAACAGCUAUAAGUGAGUACUGGCGCGUAGAGCGACAGAGAAGUAACGGCCAACAAAAUGAAUUAACAUUGAAGACUAUAAAUGCUAACUUCAUGGGCAUGCUGGAAGGUGACUCAAGAUUCCAUAGUUUAAGGGGUCUAUUUUCUUGGAUGCAGUCCUACUUUGAUGCUUGCCCCGAUUCGCUCAAGCCAUGCAUAUUCUAUCUAUCAGUCUUUCCUAUAGGCCACAAUAUUAGGCGAAAACGUUUGCUGAGGCGGUGGAUCGCCGAGGGUUACUCCAUGGACACACCUAGUUGUACCGCAGAAGAAAAUGGGGAAGAGUUCUUCUCCAAGCUUGUCAAGUUGAGCAUAAUCCAGCAGCAGGGGCAGAUGCGACAACACUCACCAAGCAAGGCGAAGAAGUGCCAAGUCAAUGGUUUUUUUCGUGAAUAUAUCAUAUCUCGGCCAAUGCAAGAUAACCUUGUGUUUGCACUCGAGGGGCGUUGCAUUCUCAACACGCAACGUGCUGGACAACACCUCACCAUAAGUAGAUGUUGGGACAGAGACAAGAUUCUAUUCGAGAGCCUGGAAUUGUCACGUCUACGGUCGUUGACAGUGUUUGGAAAGUGGAUGCCAUUUUUCAUGUCUGCCAACGUCAAUAUGAGAUUUCUUCGUGUGAUGGAUCUAGAGGACACGUCUGGUGUAGCAGAUGAUGACAUGGAACAGGUCGGGAAGCUACUGCCACACCUCAAGUUCCUCUCUGUACGAGGAUGCCAAGAUAUUACUCGUCUCCCAAAUUCAUUGGGUGGCUUAAGGCAGCUGCAAACUCUGGAUAUCAAAGGAACCUCCGUGAUUAUGUUUCCAGCUGUUAUCAUGAAGCUAGAGAAGCUGCAGUACCUUCGUGCUGGUCCCAUUCGUUGUACAUCAACAUCAUCAGAAGCGAACACAAGCGUGGUCCCAUUAGCAGGAUCACCAGUGGACGGCGAUGGUGAUGGCACGAACACAAGCCAAACAGAGCCGAAAGUAUCAGCAGAAACACCACCAACAGUUUGCUGUGAUGGCAUGAGCACAAGCCAACCACCAGCGGCAGCAUCAGAAGUAACAACACCACUGCCAGUGGACAGUGAUGGCACGAAAACAAGCCAAACACCUGCUGUAGAAUCAGCAACAUCAGCACCAGCACCAGCACCAUCACCAGCACUAGCGGACAAUGAGGGAGCAUAUGAGGCCACCACCAGCACAACCCAGCCACCAACGACAGCAACAGCAUAUGAGGCGGUGGAGACAACACCUUUGAUCUGCAGGCCACGUGGUGGCUUGGUAUUCAGCUGGUUGUCCAAAUUGCGUCAUAGGAGCAACGCACAUGAUGGAGUUCAGUUUUCAGUUGCUGCAGCAGGUGGAAUUGGGAAGUUUACGGCCUUACAUACCCUCGGUGUCGUCAAUAUUGGUGGUGCAGGUGGGAAGCACGUCCUCAGAGAGCUCAAGAAGCUUACCCAAUUGCGCAAGCUAAGAUUGUGCGGCAUCAACCAGAGAAACUGGCAGGAUUUUUGUUCUUUCAUCUCAGGAGAUGCCCAUCUGGAGUCUUUAUCGGUUCGACUCGAUCAGGAGGAGACCACAAGUGCUCCUCAAGUCUUUGGUUGUUUCAGUGACAUCUCCGAGCCUCCCAAGAUGCUAAAGACACUUAAAGUGUACGGGAAGAAGGCCCACAUAUCUCCAUUAUGGGUGAAGCAGCUUCACAAUCUCACAAAGGCUGAUCUUGCGUACACCAUAGCAACCCAAGAGGACAUAGACUGCCUGUUAGAUUUGCCCCGUCAAGAAAUCAUUCAAGAAAUCAUUCAACGUGUUUGUGUCAAGCCGAUUAAAGACGGCGAGCUCAAGUUUGGUGCGUUUGGCAGUUUCAGCAAUCUGCGCUAUGCCAUCAAAUUCAAGAAGCUGAAGAUUGAUUGCAGCUACAGGUCAAAGAUAGUAUUUGGACCACUGAUACCGUCGUAUGUUCGGGUUCUGGUGGUUCACUGCUCUUCUAUUACUGGGUCAUCAUUGGAGCUUUCUGGGCUAGAUAAAUUAAUGUGCCUCGAGGAAGUGCGGCUGAAGGGUUCCUACAGCGAAGCAGUCAAGCAACACUUGCAGCAGAAACUUGACGAGCUAGUGCCACUACUAAAUCAGAGAAGACCUGUCCUGAAGCUGGAGUAGCAACCACAUCAGUGAUGAUCAAAUGAUUGGUCGGUACUGUUUGUUAAUUUCCUUUCCUUUUCUUCUGCUCUAUCUAUGUGUAACCGACACUAACAAACUCCCAAAUCAACAAGUUAAUUAUGUAUGAACUUGUAUGCCCUGGAUAUCUUAUUUCUUCUCUGCAUUGCCACGAAAAAUAAGUUCAAAAUUUGCAGCACGAUCGCGGAAAAACAAGAGGAAGGUGUAUC